GACGAAAGAGAAAAAUAGUAGUGAGACGAAAACCCGGAGUUUACAAGAGAAAAGCUUCUCUUCAAACCGUCCCUACUGUUCGUCCCACCCUGAGCACAUAUCCGUCCUACCACUCCUCCUCCUCCGUCCUACCCUCCAUACAUUCAACAACUCAUUCAUCAUCUCUUCCUUCCAUGCAAUCCUCACUCCGUUCAAAUAUUCAACAUAUAGAGCUAGACCAUCUACCAGCAGAGAUUGUAUUUCCACUUCCAAAAGAAAUCACAGAUUUAGAGGAGUUUAGAUCAGAUGGUAGUUUUGAGCUUGAUCUAAAUCAUGAUCAAGGAUCAUAUACCUCUCCAAUAUCAGUAGUAGAUGCUAAUCAUCUACUAAACGUAGAUGGAGAUGAGUUCAACUCUACCCGCCUUCUCCCAAUACAAUUAGAAUCCGUGGAUCAACUCCUCUGUCCAGCUGAAGUAGUAUACACGGAGCUAGAGGAACUGCAAAAUCAUAGCUCAGAGAGCUCCGGGAUUAAAGAGAACUCUACCAGGUUGAAUCAUGUCUUGGAAUAUUCUGAAACCAACCCUCGUCCUGGUUCAGAGAGCUCCGGGAGUACAGAGAACUCUACCAGGUUGAAUCAUAUCUUGGAAUAUUCUGAAACCAACCCUCGUCCUGGUUCUCAAAAGAAAAUAAUCCUAGAAGAAAGAUUUAAUCAAGGAAAUAAAAUCUAUCUUCACUUGUAGAUAACGACAAAAAAUUGAAUCUUCUGAAAAAGAUUUAAAUUUUUUACUCAAGGUUUACAAAAGUAGAUACAUCCAAAAACAGGUUAAAUUUGUAAUGUAGUCAGGGAGGACAUAAUGUGCUCAUCUAAGUUAGUCGGGAUCAACGUGAGUCCGUCCUCACUAAACCUCACUACCAAACUAGCAAAACACAUUUUACUGUUUUUGAUGAUGUCCUAAAAACUCAGCAAAUAAUACAGUGCAGUGGUAACCUUCUUACAAAAAGAAUAUUUUAUUAGAUAAAAUACUUAAAUCAAUGUGAGGAAAAGAAUAAUGCAAUCACAGUCACGUUAAGUUUGAAAUUGUAAAUACAUUUUUUACAGUGUGCAUUCCGUACAGGGUUUACUGUUUGUACACUGUAAAUUAUAUAUUAAAUACUCUUUAAAUUUUAAAAUUUUGAUGAAAUUGUAAAUCAUCACGUAAUUUCAUCUGACCCCAAACAAAAAAACCAUUUUGACUUUUAAUUUUGGAACCGCUUACAACUUUUUAUUUGAAAAAAUAAAAUUUUUACCAUUAAUAUCUUUUUUGAUGUAUUUUAUUCCACAAACCGUUUUCUAGAAACCACAAUAUCGUAUUUUAACAUAAAAGAAUUUAAAUAGUGCAAUUGUUAAUCGUUUAAGGCACUUUUAAAAUGAAAUGUUAUUUAAAUUUUGAAACUCUUGAAAGGGUAGAUUUCUUGUAUUUUCUACCACUCACGGUUAAAUUGCAAAAAGUUUAUUCUAAGUGAUCAAAUAAGAAACUUUGUUUUUCAACUUUAUAAAAACUUUAAUUCGUUUGUUUUACAUAAAAAAGUUACUUUUAAUCACCUUUAUUUAUCUAAACUUACACCAUUCAUUGCCCGUAUUUAUUUCGUUGUGUAAUACCGUGAUGUACUCAUAGCAUUCGGAAGAAUUCCGUAACGGAAAUGUUUCAUGGACAUGGCUG